AUGACCAAAGUCAAAGGUCAUUUAAGGUCAUUGAACUUUGGCCAUUUUAGAGUUCAUGUGAUGAAUAGUGGCCAGCAUCUGGACGUUCUUUCACCAAAUUACCCACAUGAAUAUUCAACCAACAUUACUAUCUUAUGGCGCUUUGAGGCAAAUUCAUCGGUAGAAGGCAACUAUACUUUUGUUGUGAGGAUCCAUGGGUUAUACCUUGACAGCUAUGAUACUUUGAGGAUAGGACGUGGUGCUGAUCCAAAUGGAAUUGCUGUGGCUAAUUUCACUGGCUAUGAACACCGUUAUGAUGAUAGCAUUGCCAUUGAAGGAGACCAGCUCUUUAUUCAGUUUACAUCUGAUGACUACAAUGACUAUUAUGUUUCAGGAUAUUUUAGAAUAGAGGUUGGACUCUAUCGAGAAGAAGACGUCUUUGUUUGCGAUGAUGGUAAGAAGCUUUUGCAUCAAGGUGAUGUAUGUGACUUGAUUCCUAGUUGUGUAGAUGGAAGUGAUGAGUAUGAUUGUGAAUAUAUCUUGGAUGUGGAUUCGCAUGUUCAGCUUUCAACUUUCAACUAUCCGUACGAGUACUAUCAACCAAAUUACUACAUGCUGUGGACUUUCAAAGCAGGCGUAGACUCGGGUGACAUUGUUUGUGAGUUAUCCUUCGGAACGGUCGACCUUGCUAAUUAUGGAGACACUCUGAAAAUUGGACGUGACUGGGACUCUACAAAUUCAUCAGGGCAUGUGAUUGCCUCUUUUUACGGUUUUUACUACAAUCGUCCAGAAAACCGCUACAUCACAGCUAAUAACUUCUUUGUCGAGUUCAAAUCAGAUUCCUUCUCAGAGAGAUAUGGAUUUCUUAUUAACAUCACAGUUUUCAAUGCAUCAGACGUCUUUGUUUGCAAUGAUGGUGAGAAGCUUUUGCAUCAAGGUGAUGUAUGUGACUUGAUUCCUAGUUGUGUAGAUGGAAGUGAUGAGUAUGAUUGUGAAUAUAUCUUGGAUGUGGAUUCGCAUGUUCAGCUUUCAACUUUCAACUAUCCGUACGAGUACUAUCAACCAAAUUCCUACAUACUGUGGACUUUCAAAGCAGGCGUAGACUCGGGUGACAUUUUUUCUGAGUUAUCCUUCGGAAUUGUCUACCUUGCUAAUUAUGGAGACACUCUGAAAAUUGGACGUGACUGGGACUCUACAAAUUCAUCAGGGCAUGUGAUUGCCUCUUUUUACGGUUUUUACUACGGUCGUCCAGAAAACCGCUACAUCACAGCUAAUAACUUCUUUGUCGAGUUCAAAUCAGACUCCUUCACAGAGAGAUAUGGAUUUCUUAUUAACAUCACAGUUUUCAACGCAUCAGGACUAGCCUUCUGCGGCGAUGGUCGGGGGAUCAAAAGCAGCGCUCAAUGUGACUUCACACCAGACUGUGUUGACGGUGGGGAUGAACAGGACUGUGUCUUUGAGUUGAGCCUUGGGAUGAGCAUACUUCUUUCUUCUCAUAACUAUCCUGAUUACUAUCCUGAUGAUGCCUAUGUAAUAUGGAGAUUCCAGUAUGAUCCACUAUUAGACAGAGAGAGUAUAAUCUACAUCAUAAGGUUCCAGGAGAUUGUUCUCCGAGCCAACGAUUUCUUGAGGAUUGGAUACGGCUCUGAUCCAGGGAACUCGUCCAAUGUCGUACUCUAUGCUGAUGACAUUGGGGGAUCGAUAGGCGAUCUGACCGUGGAUGCAGGUGAUAUAUUCAUUGAGUUUGAUGCUGAUGGAGGGUUUGGAGCACCUGGUUUCUCCCUUGAACUCAGCGUACAGAACAUUUCAGGGCGAUAUGUUUGCAGUUCUGGGAGUAGUGUGGAUUUCAUCAGCACAGAGGAUGUAUGUAAUCACAAGGUUGACUGCAGAGACGGUUCUGAUGAAACAAACUGCUCUGUUACUGUGGCAACAGGGGAAAAGGUUGUCUUUGAGCCAUACAGUUAUCCUCCAUAUUACUACGCUGGAUAUGAAUACACCCGUUCAAGCUGGCAUGUUUCAUCGCAAGAUAGUGCAGAUGCUCUCAUAGUCAUGAUCGACUUUGUCCAAUUGAAAGGUGACUCGCUCGUAAUACGUAACGUCAUUGAAACUUCAAGUGGACAAGAAGGGAUCGAAUGGAUGUUUCCAGAAUAUGAAGACCUUGCUUGGAGUGAAGUUGGAGACAAGGUCUUCCCAAAGGGAGAUCUAGUCAUAGAGUUCCACGGCCAACAUGGAGGAUCGUUUGUUCUCAGCAUACUAGCACUCCCACUGGAAGAUAUCUCCUUAUGUGCAGCGGGUGAUAAGAUCCUGCUUCCUGAAAACAACUGUAGUGGAAUUGUAGACUGCCCUGACUUAAGUGAUGAACGUGAUGAUUGUGAACCCACUCAUGUCUUUGAUAUAAAUCUUGGUGGAAAUGCUACAAUCUAUUCGGAUGAAUAUCCACCCUCCACACCCCUAAUCAGACCAGUGUUUAAGAUGUGGUUGUUCAGAGCAGUAAACGAUGAGCGGCUACAGCUGCAUAUCAUCCAUCUAGAGAUGUCGAGUUUGGAUAGAUUCACACUAGGAUCAGGCCAAGACAUACUCUACGAGUUAACCUUCGAUGAACUCCAGGAAAUCGACAUAAGCAGCCUGCCACUGAUCACGCCUCCAGGACCUUCACUGUGGAUCACGUACGUCAGAACUACAGGGAGACAUGAUGAUCAGCCAUCUUCUUUUGUAUUCGCCGUGACGGCUGUUGAUGAAACAGAUUUGGAAUGUGGUGAUAAUGAAGUACAAUGUGGAGGCUUGUUCUUUGAAUGUAUUGACUCUGAUUACAUCUGUGAUGGAGUUGUUGACUGCGUGGAUGGGAAUGAUGAAGUCUGUGAAUGUCCUUACAAUUACGAAGUGCGGCGUGAAAAUGGACGAUGUGUCAGUCGCUAUAACCUUUGCCAGGGUGAAACUUGCACAUUUGGCUGUGAAAAUGGGCGGUUUACUCACAUGGACCUUGUGUGUGAUGGAUUCAAUGACUGUGGUGACCGGACAGAUGAACGCUACAACUGCAAUGGAUGUGCUUCCCAUGAAUUUGACUGUGGAGAGAAAUGCAUACCCCAAAACUAUGUCUGCGAUGAAGUAUAUGACUGUGCUGAUAGAAGAGAUGAAGCAAACUGCACAUGCCGUAGCAUUGAAUUCGAGUGUGGGAGUGGAGAAUGUGUAUAUUACUGGCAACUAUCCGAUGGGACAUCACAAUGUAAUGACGGUUCUGAUGAGCUUGAAGAGAACAGUCGAUAUUGUGGCGGUAAUUACUUUCAGUGCAAAGACUUCACUGCAUGUCUCAGCCGUAGUGACGUGUGUGAUGGCUUCGUAGAUUGCCGAGAUGCAAGUGAUGAACUAUUCUGCCCCGGGAUUCCAUCGGAUUUGGUAGUCCUCAACCCAGGAGAGUGCUUCAAUCUAUCAUCACCUUCUUAUCCUGGCUAUGACAACCUGUUAAACUAUAUCUGGACUGUAACGGCUGCAGAGGGUUACUCUGGUUUAAGCAUAAAAUUCAUUGCCUUCCGUUUAGAAUAUAGGUAUGAUUACUUGUACUUCGGAUCGGGCAGUUACGAUGGAAUAUACAAGUAUCGACUCACAGGGACUGACGCUAUUAAUAACUUUGGCUUAGCUUAUCCUGGUGGGAGCUACUCUGAAGCAUUUCGGAAUCCACGACCACAUAGCAUGGAUUCUGGUUUCUGCAGUAACUCCACAUCUUACUAUGAUGGAGAAAGGUUUCCUUAUGUAAUCCACUUCAAGAGUACAGAGAUCUGGCUACAAAUGAUGACAGACAAUAGUGCUACCGAUGAUGGCUUUGUCUUACAGCUUAUCUCUACAGACUUUGAAGGUGAAGUGUUUGAGUGUUCAGACACAUUGGUUAUUCCAGCAAAUAAGACAUGUGAUUUCAUUCGUGACUGCCCAACAGGAAAUGAUGAAGCCGGCUGUUAUAUUGAAUUUGAACUAUCGUCAGAUUCUGUGGACCAACUUCAGUGGGAAAAUUACCCAGAUGACAAGGCAGUGACUGUCUGGCGCAUCACAAAUACAAUUGGUUACGGUGGCUUCAAGAUUAGUGGUAUACAGUUGCUGUUGAGUGAGAAUAGCUCUUUAGUCAUAGGGCUCGGGUCAGAUGCUACCCAAGAUGCAACAAAGGCUGUGGUCUUAUCUCAUAACUCUCCCCAGGGGUUGGAUUUAGUCUUCGACUCAGAUGUUUUAUGGGUUCGCCUGCAAAUUAAUGCAUAUACUUAUGCUGGCUUCGUCUUCCAGGUUCAACCUUUCAAUGUAACAGGAGGCCCAUUGCUUUGCAGCCAAGGCCAUGUAAACAUCAGCAGCAAUGGUGUCUGUGAUGGACAAGUUCAAUGCGUUGAUCGCAAUGAUGAAAAGAAUUGCAACGAUCCUCUUCUUCCUGAUGAUUGCGGAUUGCGACCUGCUUUGGAUGUCCAUCGUGUCACUCAUGGUGCAGAGGUUAGCAUCCUGGGGGAGUACCCCUGGCACGUAGCAUUGUACAUCAGCAAUGGUACAUUUGCAUGUGGUGGGAGUAUUAUUGCCAAGGACUGGAUCCUCACUGCAGCACACUGCUUGUAUGGACUUGAUCCUCCAUUUCAUAUCCAAGCUGGCACUCUCACCUACGGGUUUGACAUGGAUCCUAACGGCCAAGUGCGUGAGGCAGCCCAGACGUACAUCCACCCGUUGUAUCUUCCGACGAAGUUUGAUAACGAUAUUGCUCUCAUCAAGCUGUCUACUCCCCUCACUUUCACUGAUGCUGUGCAGCCAGUAUGUUUGCCUGCUGUAAGGGAUGAUCUUCCGGAAGUUGGUUCUUUCGCCACUUUCACAGGGUGGGGAAGCUUUACCACUUAUCAAGGUGCCAUUCCACAAAUCUUGCAGACUGCCAGAGCACCUGUGAUACCAACCUACAUAUGUCAAAGACAUGUCACCUUCCCCAUUCCACAGCCAUUAAUGUUCUGCACGAUGUACGACACUGGAUUGCAAGAUACAUGUUCUGGUGAUAGUGGAGGUGGAAUAGUUCAAGAAAAGAAUGGUCAGUGGGUAAUCUAUGGAAUAAACAGCUGGGGACUACGUGAUUGUGGCAGCGCAUAUACGCCAUCAGGGAAAACCAGAGUUUCGAGUUACAUUGAUUUCAUCUACAAAACUAUUCGAGAGAAUCGGUUUCCCGAUCCAUCCUAGUCACCUAUACCAGUCAAUCUCAAACAACAACAACCAAUUCAUCUCAACCACCCAUCAGUCCAUCUCAACUACCAACCAGUCCAUCCCAACCACCUACCAGUCCAUCCCAACUACCAACCAAUUCAUCUCGACUACCAACCAAUUCAUCUCAACUACCAAUCUGUCCAUCUCAACCACCAACCAAUCAUCUCAACUACCAACCAAUUCAUCUCAACCACCAACCAAUCAUCUCAACCACCAACCAAUCAUCUCAACUACCAACCAAUUCAUCUCAACCACCUACCAGUCCAUCUCAACCACCAACCAAUCAUCUCAACCACCUACCAGUCCAUCUCAACCACCUACCAGUCCAUCUCAACCACCUACCAGUCCAUCUCAACCACCAACCAAUCAUCUCAACCACCUACCAGUCCAUUUCAACCACCAACAAAUUCAUCUCAACCACCUACCUAUCCAACUCUGCCUCCCCCUUUACCAACUACAAACCCAACUGUGCCACCCGAGUGAUACGGCAGUACUGCUGUUGGUUCAAAUAAGUAAUAUGAUUAUAGUAUUGAAAAAAACAAUUUCCACAAUUCCCCAUUUAUAUGUGCAUCAAUCACUAUUCUGCAAUUUUGCUGCCAAGAAUUGUUAGCCAGAAUGCCACAAUAUUACAAUUAAUGUGCUUCCUCCUCUACAAAUAAGGUAGAGUAUUUUUGUACGAAAUUAAACAAAAUGAUAGCAUAACAACCAAACUACUGCAAUGCACAUGUUGAGUUAGUGUAUCAGCAUUUUAUGUGUACAUCUAAAAAGAAGUCAGAAGAUUUCCAUUUUUAUUUUGUUUAUGAACCCUGCUACUGUAGUAUUCUGGUAUUCUGAGUAAGUUCUCAUUCGUAAAAUAGUUGUAUUUGAUGUUUUUCGGUGCAAUUUGCAAUUAAAACUUUAUAGCUUAUUUUCUAUGUAUGGGUGAGUAAUGGUCGAAUAAUGUUUGUUAUUUUUUCUUCUGCAUUAAUAAAUGAUACAAAACUUGUCUAAAUAUACCAAGGAAAAAUUUAGAAAGAAUGCAUAUUGUUUAAUUAGUAAUGUGUUAAAAUGUUUUCAAAUGUAUUAUCUUAAUGAAUACAUGAACUAGAUAGCUCUUUGGAUGUGUAAUUUCUUUUAAGUUUGCAAUUAAAACUUUAUAGCUUAUUUUCUAUGUAUGGGUGAGUAAUGGUCGAAUAAUGUUUGUUAUUUUUUCUUCUGCAUUAAUAAAUGAUACAAAACUUGUCUAAAUAUACCAAGGAAAAAUUUAGAAAGAAUGCAUAUUGUUUAAUUAGUAAUGUGUUAAAAUGUUUUCAAAUGUAUUAUCUUAAUGAAUACAUGAUCUAGAUAGCUCUUUAAAUGUGUAAUUUCUUUUAAGUUUGUAAGACAAUCAUAUUGUACACAUCCAUGUACAUGAUACAAAAAAAUAUAUGUAAUGGAAUAUUAUAUAUUAUACUUAACAAUUGUUAUGAACUUGUAUGUAGAUUUUAUAUAACCUUUAUAUUCAAGAAACAUGAAUAAUAUUUGUAAACAUGCAAUGGAAAGAGAACGGGCACAUGAAUGAUUGCCCAAGGCACUGUUGUGAUAUCAUGGCUUUUGCCUGGAUUGCCUUUCUGUGGUGCACAAGUAAUUAAAGAAAUAAAGGUGACGAAUGAUAUGAAAUAUAAAAAAUAUUCACAAAAACGAAAUUCAAUGAUUGAUCCAGGAAGAAGCUUGAACCAUUUUUUCUAAGGCUAUACCCAAUUUGUAAUUGUUAUUGUCCAUGUACUCAGUUAUUAUGAGAUGUCGAUUAUUGUAAAGAAUGGAGAAACCCCAUUUACAAGUAUAUCGAAAACUUGCAUCUCUUGAAGAUUAUUUUAGAAUUUUUUUUUCACCAAAAUGCACUUUACACUUCCUCUAGCUUCUUAAAAAAAAUAUUGUUUUGUUCCUAAGAUCAUAUGUUGGAGGAUUGCACUUAUAAUUCAUGUUUUGUAGAGUAAUGAAAUUAGGUGAUUGAUAUCACAUAUAUACAGGUGCUCAUUAUUACUCUGCACAUUAUCUUCUUUUUUUUAUUAUAGUCUACAUAAUGUGACUUUUACUUAAGAAAAUGAUUUGCCUAACAAGUAAUUUGUGCAUUUCAUAAUACAUGCACUCCGGUCACACCUUUUUUGUGAGGUCACUUUUUUGUGUUAAUCUUGAGUGAUGGAUUGACAACAGUUUACUUGACACCAUGCAGUAAUCCCAAUAUUGCUCUUUCAAAGCAAUUAUGAAUCUUAUUAAUAAACACUUAUAGUCUUCCUUGGAUCACUCUUGUUUUUUACUCUUUACUCCAUUUUCCCUAAGGAUUCAGAGAAGUCUUUCUUCAUCUCUUAAUUUCUCACUCGCAGAAUUUGCUAUCUAGGAAAAAUAUGUCAACUCACAAGGAAAGGGAGGCCUGUCAAUUAACAUUGAUGGGCAUGAAUUAUGAAUGGCUGGAAUCACUAGUCUGCAAGCGCAGACUCAAAUUUGACACUCUAACCAAAACCACGUGUAGUGUGAAGACUAAGUCUCUGUCUGUUUUAGGCAGCCACAGUACAUAGUGAAUCUAGUCUCACUACUUCAGACUCUGCAUCAUGCACUGUUAAAGCAAAUUGUGAAAACCAAGGGUCUGUGCCUGCAGACUAUUAAAGGAAUUAAAAGCUUAAAUGAUUCUAAUGUUUUCCUAAGUUUAUUCUAACACAUAUCUGUAGUAGAAGGGGUAAAAUUGCAUUUUCUUAACAAAAUGUCUUCCAUUAAAAUGUGCAUUGGUGUAUAAUAGUUAUCAUGGGUCUUUCAUUUAUUAUUCUUUUCAUUUUUAAUUUAAGCUAAAGCCGGGGUGAUAAUAAUAAUAACAACGCGCCUGGGAAUAGAAUAUUUCUAGAUAGAUGGCGCUAUAUAAAUGCCUAUUAUUAUUAUUAAUGUAGUGUUUGCAUUAUAUAGUGAGAAUAAAAUGUAUCUAUAUCAUUUUCACAAAGA